AUGAUAUCACUUGGCGCGGGAGCCCCUUCUGCAGCUUAUUUUCCUUUCAAUGAGCUUCAAGUCAAACUAUCCGAACACCCAGGAAUCCAAAUGGAGAAGGAACAAAAGUCAAAAAUGAUUCGAAUGUCAAAAUACGACUUUGAGCCGGGCGUGAGCGAUUAUAGAAGGAAAAUGACUAAGCGGGGUCUUUUAGGCUUGGAUGUUGCCUUGAAUUAUGGCCAGGGUACCGGUUCCGUACAAAUGCUUCGAUUUGUGACGGAACAUACCGAGCUUCUUCAUCAGCCACCUUACGACGACUGGGGUUGUUGCUUGACAGUUGGCAGUACAUCAGCAUGGGAUUCUACCCUAAGAAUGUUCUGUGAAAAAGGGGACUACAUCGUCGUUGAGGACUAUACAUUUGCGAGUGCACUGGAGACUGCAUGGCCUCUUGGAGUCAAAACAGUCUCUGUUGCAAUGGACGAGCAGGGUCUUAUUCCUGAAUCCCUUGACACUCUUCUUUCCGAAUGGGAUGAGACUCAACAACAAGCUCGGAAGCCUUUUCUUCUUUACAUGGUUCCCACAGGUCAGAAUCCUACCGGAGCCACCCAGUCCAUUGGUCGACGGAAAGAGAUCUAUUCGCUCGCCCAAAAACAUGAUUUGUAUAUUGUGGAGGACGAGCCCUACUACUACCUGCAACUCCCACCAUUCACUUCCAGCAAUCCCGGUCAACCCUGCCCCCUGAUUCCAUCCUAUUUGAGUAUUGAUGUCGAGGGUCGAGUUCUGCGAAUGGAUUCAUUAUCUAAGGUUCUUGCGCCAGGGGCACGAAUGGGUUGGGUGACAGCUUCUCAACAAGUCAUUGAGAAAUUUAUUCGGCAAAAUGAGACUUCAUCCCAGCAUCCUAGUGGGUUUUCACAAGUCAUCGUAUACAAGCUCUUGAGCCAUCACUGGGGACAUCUAGGAUUCUUCCAAUGGUUGGAAGCUAUUCAAUCCGAAUAUGCUUGGAGACGAGACACCUUCAUACAGUCUUGCGAAAAGUUUCUUCCGAAACAGUUCACCCAUUGGAAUGUUGCCCUUGCCGGAAUGUUUCAAUGGAUUGAAAUCAAUUGGAGACUGCAUCCAUCCUACAAGGCCGGAGGGAGUCACCAGAAAAUAGAACAGGCAAUCUUCGGCGCCGCGAAGAAAGAAAAAGUAUUUCUGACACCAGGGACCUGUUUCUGGUCUGCCAGCGAGGAGCCUCAAGAUCAGAUGUUUUUCCGUGCUACAUAUGCUUCUGCUUCCCGGGACGAGCUUACAGAAGCAGUACGUAGAUUUGGGGUGGCACUUAGAAACGAAUUUGCCAGAGAUGUUCUACCAGGUGAGUAG